AUGUCUCGCCUUGGAUUUGGAAUCGCUCUCGGUCUUGCCGGCCUUGCCCCAGUGCUAGGCUUGACUGCCGAAGAAACCUUCUACCCUCCUACUCUUAACGACACGGCAUACAUUAGCAAUAGCUCAAUUGGUACGUAUGGAGGUAUCUACCAGGCUGAUACUACCGGGCCGACUGGAGGUUCUCCUUACGGAACUUAUGAUUAUUGUUCUAUGCCUCAUCCUCGUGCGCAAGAGUAUGAGCUUCCCGAAGCCAUAAGCAAGGGACAAGUUAAGGGAAAGCUAGUUUAUCUCGAGUACUUGCAGCGUCAUCAGAGACGUUCGCCGUACAAUAUCCUGCCUGGUGGAGAGAAUGAAGCAUAUGACUGCGACAAUGUCAGACCCUACCUCUACGCUGGUGUCGACUCUUCUUCCGGCAUCCAGCCAAUCCCCAUGUAUGCGCAGACAUAUCAGGACUCCACGAACCCAUUCACACCGGGCGUGAACGGUUCCUGCCAGUAUCCCCAAAUCACCAUUGGCGGAGUGCAAGACGGCUUCCAGCACGGCAAAGAUCUCUGGGCCGUCUACGGCGAGAAACUCGAUUUGAUCCCCAAAAAGCCGAACGAUCGCACCUGGUUCCGUUCCAGUGAAUCGGCACUUACUCAGGGAAGCGCAGGUGCAGUUUUGCGUGGUGUCUGGCCUUCGUACGAGGGUGCGCUACCUUUGCAUCAGAUGGUGUCGAGCGUUGAUACCGUCAACGAAGGCUAUUCCUGCUCGGCUAUCAGCAGCACUUUGAGUGCACUCAAGUCGACAACUGAGUGGAACGACCACCUCACUGUCACCGAGGAACUUCGCUCAAAUCUAGGCUCAAUGCUAGGCGCUACUAGCAGCUCCUGGCAAUCCACCUUCGACCACUUCUCGGACAACUUCCAAGCCCGUCUGUGUAACGGCUACAACCUCCCGUGUAGUCUGGCCAAUUCUUCGAAUUGCGUAACCAUGGAAAUGGCUGAAGAGGUCUUCCGUGCCGGUGACUGGGAAUGGAACUACUACUGGCGCACAAAUCCCGAUGUAGUCAAGUACAUCCAGGUCGUUGAGGGCUUGUUCAUCGGUGAGAUUGUUGCUCACCUCCAAGCCGUCCUCGACGGUAAAUCGUCUCUUGAUUAUACACACAUCUUCGUUCAUGAUGGUGACAUAGGUCCUGUGUUGGGUGCUCUCGGUAUUAAUGCGCUCAGAUGGCCAGCUAUGGCGUCUAACAUUGCUUUUGAAGUUUGGGAAACAAAUGAUAAAUCGAACCGCUACUAUGCGCGAGUCUUGUACAGCGGUUGGGCUCUCCAGACUAUCCACGGUACCCUUGACUGGGUCCCUCUUGCUGAUCUGAUCAACAUCAUGAGCCCUUAUGUGCCGGAGGACAUUGUCUCCUUGUGUGGUUAG